AUGUCAGUCAAUUCUCAAGGUGUCAUUGAUCCAUAUGCUAGCAGAGUAUGUCAAAUAAAGGAUUUGCCUGAUGUUCAUGCUAGUGAAGCUCAAAAAUACCAAAGGGAAUUCUAUUGUUAUACAUUAAAACGAUUUGAAGAUCUUUCUUCUUCAAGACCAGCACUAUUAUUUGUGUCUGAUUUCACAUCACAUUCUUCUUUAAAUUCUAAACUGUUUGAUACUGGUGAGCAUGUUUUUAAUUCAGAUCAGAUUAUUGAAGUUGCUAUUUAUCCUCGUUUCCUUGAACAAAUACGACGAGAGUAUAGUGAAAGAACGCAGAAUCAAAAUUAUAAAAUGACAGCUGUGGUUUAUCAAGAAGUUAUGAUACUUAAAUUAAAGGUAAGAUUAAAAGUUUAUAAUGGAAAACUAGAAGGUUAUGCUCUUGGUGUGAAAAUUCCUCGUAUUGAAGAUGAACCAGAACAGGAAGGUUCUUAUCUUAAAAUGUUGUAUGAGAAAUUGUUCAUCUUACAACCUAUAUUAUUGUCAAGUAUGAAUACUUUGCCUUGUAUUAUUCCACAACUGUUAUGGCCCGCAAUGUUUGAACAUGAUAAUCCCAAUUCCCUUGUAAAACCUCCUCCGGUUGUACGAUCAUCAUCGCAACAAUAUCAAUCAAGACAAGCAUCACAAUUGCAACAAUUGCAACUGCCACAAUCAAGACAAUUCGUAAGUGAUUCAAUGCCUGCUACUAUUUACUAUGAAAAUGUGUUCUUCAAUCAACCACUUCAUGCUGAACCAACAUCUCAACCAAUAUAUGUAAACUACAAUCCUGGUCAAGCUCAUCCAUUACAAGAACGAAUUGAUUUUUCAGGAGAUCUGAAUAGUAAUAGUAAUAAUAAACCCCAUACUGAUUCUAAUUCAAAUGAUAGUUUACAAUUUGGAUCAGUUAUAGGAGCGCCUCAAAGUCAAGUCAAAGUUGAGUAUUCACCACCAUUGGUAGGAUCUCGAAUCCCUGAUCGAGAAUAUUCUGGCGAUUAUGAAGAUGAUAGUGAUGAUGAUAAUAACCAUAAUACCACAACAACAACUGCCAAUGAAAUCCAAGUCCCUGCUACAUCUAAUUCCACCGUCACUUCUUCUUCUGGUGGUCUGUAUAAGUUCCUGGAAUUAAGUAAGAUCUCAAAUGUAAUCGACAACAGAAUAUAUCCUACUGAAGGAUAUUUAGUUGGUUUAUUUCCACAAGAUUUCACUCAUGCGGUAGCCAAGACUUAUAAAUAUGAUGAUCUGACUGAAAGGCAUGAACCGCAAGAUCCUAGUCCAAGACAGAUGGAGCUCAUAUUCUGUAAUAGACCAAGUUCAAAAGGCAGAGAUGUAAUCUUAACUUCUACGAAUUCCAUUAGAGUCGUUAUUCCGGUUAAUAAAGUUCAAAAGUUUUUCGAUGAAAAAUCAUAUGAAUUUACAUAUUUGGGCUUACCAAAAUUAAAUCAAUAUGUCUACAAGAAUUUUUCAAUUAUUUCCAAAAAGUUAUACAAGUUACAGCUCUAUAAAAUUAAUGUAAAAGUUAAUCUAAAAAUGUCUAGUGAAACUGUUUGGACAGUUCGAGACUUUACCUUAGGAGAUUUAUUGACUGGUGAUGAAUUUCCUGAUAUUGAAUAA